UAUGAGUUAAGAAGAAGAAAAUAAUGAUAUUGAUGUUCAAGCUUUAUUAGCUAGUAUUAAUGCUAAUUUUGAUAAUGAACAAAUACUUUAUGAGACAGAAACAAAUACAUAAGAAAUGAAUCAGGAUAUUGAUAAAUUAUAAUAAGGUUCUAAUGAAUCUAUUGUUAUUGUUAGAGAUCAACCUAUUUAGAAAGAAUAAGAAGAAGUUGAUCCAAUAAUGGAAAUAUUGAAUAGAGUUGAAAUUUAAAAUAGUUUAUUGACCAAUCCUGAAAUUAAUGAGCAUCAAUUAGGUAAAUUCUAUAUUAAUUAAAAGAGACUAGUCCAUUACAAUCCAUCAUUUAAUAAAUAAAAGGGAAAUAUGAUAAGCAACAAGAAACUAUUAUUAAAAAAUAGAGAAAUAUUUUUUGUCAAAUAAUUGAUAUAAGAAAUUUGUCUAAUUAAUUAGUUAAUGUUUAAAUUAAUAAUAAUGGAUUAAUGAAAAUAAAAUUGAAUGAUUUUAAAAAUAAGCAAAAAGAAAUUGAUUAAUUAGAUGUUUAAGUAUUUAAGACUAAAGGAUAUGUUUUAUCUAUUAUUGAAAAAUUAGAUUACAAGAUUGAUUCAUAUGUUAAAUAGAAAGUAAAAGAACUAACUUAAAAAUGA